AUUAGGGAGGUCACAGCACUCCGCAAAAGCCGAACGAAAGCCAGAAUUAUGACAUCAUUAAAAGCCAUCUCUUACCUUCAACAUCGCCCAAUUGCCCUUGAUGUUGACCAACAAGAUACCCCAUUUAGAACUUGCCGGGGUUUUGAUUAGUCGCAAAAUGGAGCCUCCUAAAGCUUGUGGGCGUCAUCAGCACGUUCUGCGCCAGAUCUGCAUGCUCCGCCUAGGUAUAGGGCAGUUCUUAUACUCUGGGCCUUCCCUCUUGAUGGACUUGCCAUUUGAGUGCACAUUAGCCAUAUAUGAAGCCAAACCGGGCACUUCGUCCCCAUGAUAUACUAUCCGACCGGUCGCAUAGCUACCGAAGACCAAAUUAAAUUUGUCUUUACAAUCAGGCAGGAUGAUGGAACGCAGCCAUUUCAGUCAAGAUGACUCUAGUAGGACGCUCAGCGAAAGUAGACAAGAUGCAGAAAAUGGAAUCGCAAACCAGCCACAUCACUCGGUCGGGUUCUGGCACCACAAGAUGGGAAAGGUCAGAAAGCAUGUGCUGAGACUAUGGGCCCAGACAGUGCUCAUCCUGAUCUGCUUUAUCAUGGCGGUCCUCGCCCUCUACUGGGCUGUGCUGUUCCAUGUAGAGGACAACAUGCGAGCCUUGCAUGUCCAAGUUGUGGACUUUGAUGGCCAAGGCUAUGGCAAUAUCGAACCAUUCAUAGGGCCAAUGGUCACUCAACUUGCACAAGAGACCUUCGAUAUGCCCCAGCCGAGUCUAGGAUACGCUGUCCUCCCACCUUCUGACUUCAAUAAUGACCCUUUCGCUGUCCGUCAGGCCAUCUAUGAUCAAAAUUGCUAUGCAGCGAUCAUCAUAAACCCCAACGCGACCGCUCUUCUACUUGAUGCAGUCUCCAAAGGUAAUGCAACGUAUGACCCCACCGGCGCCAUCCAGAUGAUCCUCACAUCGGCACGCGACGAAACGACGUAUUACAACUAUAUCCUUCCCCAAUUCCAGAUCUUCAGCACGAUGCUUAUGAGCCAGUUUGGUCCCACUUGGGCUCAACGACUCGCAAAUAACGCCUCCAUCACGAAAGAGAUGCUUGCCGCCGCUCCAAGCGCCGUCAACCCCGGCAUCUCGCCUCUUCAGAUCGACCUGCGGCCUUUCCAGCCGGCGACCAUAACACCUUCGGUCACGAUCGGACUGAUUUAUCUGAUCAUCAUGGCGUUCUUCUCGUUCUCGUUCUUCCUGCCGAUCCACCAGAAGUACAUCACGCCGCAGGGUCACCCGCCCCUACACUUCUGGCAAUUCAUCGUUUGGCGGUGGCUAGCCACCGUCGCCGCCUAUGUCUUGAUCUCUCUAGCUUACUCGCUCGUGUCUUUGGCAUUCCAGAUCCCGUUCUGGAUGCCGCCAGCAUCGCCCACGGACGUCGCGUUCAACGCGACCGCCUACGGUCGCGGCACCUUCGUCGUUUACUGGAUGUUAAACUUCGUGGGCAUGAUUGCUCUGGGUCUCGCAUGCGAGAACGUCGCCAUGAUCGCUGGGCAGCCGUGGACCGCCCUGUGGCUCAUCUUCUGGGUCAUCAGUAACGUGUCGACGGCCUUCUACACCAUCGACCUCGCGCCGGGCUUCUUCCGGUGGGGCUUCGCCUGGCCGCUGCACAACAUCGUCGAGGCGAGCAGGUCGAUGCUGUUCGACCUGCACUCUCGGAUCGGGCUGAACUUUGGGGUGCUGUUUGCUUGGUGUGCCAUCAAUACUGUCCUGUUCCCCCUCUGCUGUUACUUCCAGCGCUGGAAGAUGGAGCACGACAAGCGGAAGGCCGAGGAGGACAAGGAUCGGUAUACGGUCAAUACGGAAGAUGGCGAGAAACAGUUUUCGAAAGAAAAGGGGGCGAAACCACCAAUCAGGAAGCGAGGGUUCAUGAGAGGCGUCUAGGCGGCGUACUAUCUAUACAUAACUACUUAUAAGAUUUGAUUGUGAUCGUCUA